AUGGCGUUGCCAAAUCAGCAAACGGUUGAGUAUCCGAGUUUCAAGCUCGUCAUCGUCGGUGACGGUGGGACAGGAAAGACAACGUUCGUGAAAAGGCAUCUCACCGGUGAAUUUGAGAAGAAAUAUGAACCGACCAUUGGUGUGGAGGUUCACCCGUUGGAUUUUUUCACGAACUGUGGAAAGAUUCGCUUCUACUGUUGGGAUACUGCGGGGCAAGAGAAGUUUGGUGGUCUCAGGGAUGGAUAUUAUAUCCAUGGGCAAUGUGCGAUUAUCAUGUUUGAUGUUACUGCCCGGCUAACUUACAAAAAUGUCCCUACCUGGCACCGUGAUCUUUGUCGGGUUUGUGAGAACAUUCCAAUUGUUCUUUGUGGUAACAAGGUUGAUGUAAAGAACAGGCAAGUGAAGGCAAAGCAGGUUACAUUCCACAGGAAAAAGAAUUUGCAGUAUUAUGAGAUAUCUGCAAAGAGCAACUAUAAUUUUGAAAAGCCAUUCUUGUACUUGGCUAGGAAACUUGCAGGAGAUCCUAACUUGCACUUUGUAGAAUCACCUGCGUUGGCUCCACCUGAAGUUCAAAUUGAUUUAGCGGCACAACAACAGCAUGAGGCUGAGCUUGCUGCAGCUGCUAGUCAGCCCCUUCCAGACGACGACGAUGAUACAUUUGAACAAUCAGCUUCCUUCAUAGCUGGCUAUGUGGAAUAUGCACAAAAUGAAGAAGCAAAGAAAAACCAAAAUGGACAGAGGCUGGCAUAG